AUGCCGCAGCUGAGACUGAUCGGCUUCUGUGCGCUUUGCGACCGUGGAAGUUCCAAUCUGAUAUGGCUACCCCCGCAGGACGGCUACCAACAAGGCUAUCCGCCCCAGGGCCAGUAUGGCCCUCCCCCGGGACAGGGGGGAUACUACCCUCCGCAACCACAGAUGCAACCUCAGCCACAGCCACAGCCAGAGAAGAAGGAUAGGGGAUGUCUCAUGGGCUGGUAA